AUGUCCGCCCGCAACCCCGAAAUCCAAGUCGAGACCGGCGCGGACGAGAUCGUCACCGAGUACGUCGACAUGGCGGAGGAUGCGGAGGGCAAAGUCGCCAGCACCGUGGCGCUGGCGGAGAUCGAGCCGGGAAUGAAGCCGCUGAUUGCGUUCCUAGACGCCGAUCGUCAACCUCGUCAUUGGCAGCGGAGACGCGGAGAGCACGCUGUACGUGCAUCAGGGGCUUCUGGUGUAGUCGUCAUACUUCGCGAAUAUCUGCAACGCCUUCGCUGGAGGCGAGCGUCGCAUCGAGCUCCCAGACGAAGACCUCGACGCCAUAAGCGCGUUUCUCGAAUACCUCUACAACGGCGAACACUUCCCCCACCGGCUCCACCUGGCCUCCAAGGUCCUUCGCUGUCGAAGACGACCCGAGAGUCCCGCCCAGACCCCACCGGCAUCUCUCUCCGGCACGCGCGGCUCUACACGCCCGCGGAGAAGUUCGCCCUCCCGAAGCCCAAGUCGCUGGCGCACACCAAGAUCCACACGACGGACAGCACGGCGAUGGGGGGGUCGCCCCGUGGCGGCGUACUGGGCCACGUGGUGCUGCGGCACGCGGCGGAGGAGGAGUUCCGGCGGAUGUGUCUGGAACAUCCGCAGUUCCGGUUCGAUGUGCUGAGCUUGGUACUGGAUCAGAAGGAGAAGCAUCGGCUGGCGGAGGUGGGGAUGCAUGUGGGGCUGAAGUCGGGGAGGAAGCGGCCACGGGUGGGCCAUGGGUGA